UGUCGUGCCUGAGAAAACAGUUCAUCUGAUCAAUUGUAUCCACACGAGCUCACAAUAAAAUAUAACACCCAUAGACAGCCCUUGACCACAGGUUCUCACCUACCUAUUUAAUUAACUUCAAACAAAUCACCAGCAUCCCAAUUCUCACCAAAACCAAAACCAAACCCCUCAUCUUCCAACACCAUAUCAAUCAGUAACUACACAAAUCCCACAAAACCAAAAAUGUCCCUCCCCCGUCCCCUAGAGCAAAUAAAGCGCGAGACCAAACUCGCCAACCGCUCCCCUCACCUGCGCAAAGCGAACCAGCCGCGCCCCGACCAAAUCGACUCCCUAGACAACGUCGUGCCAGGCGGCAUCUACCACCACGACGGGCCCUACGACGCAACGCUAGCCUCGCGCAACCAAGACGCGCGGUACGCGCCCCUCGCGGCCGUGAAAGAAGGCAACAGGGAGGCCUUGAAAGCCACGCCGGCCGUCAACGUCGUCGACAGCGUGACGAAGCAUGUCCCGCUCCAGGGCACGGCCAUCAUCCCUCCGGGCGCCGUUGAUUACGAAGGGAAUGUGAUGGAUUACGAGGAGGGCGCUGAUAUCAUGCGCGAGCCUGACGCCGCGGGCGGUGCGUAUAAGCGGUAUGAGCACGUCCAAUACCACCCCAGCGACCUGAAAGGAAAAGGCGAGCCCGCGUACACGAUUGAACGAGAUCUCAAGACAGGCAGGAAAAUGAAGGACUGAUUAAACAGGGUUUCAAAUGCGCAAUGGUGAAAGGGAAUACUGGUAAUAUGUUUAAAGCGUUUAUGUUU